UCCCGUAUUUACGAGCAUGGGCAAGCGCAAGGCUACAGCAUAUGAUGAGGAUGAAGGAUGGCUUCCAACGCUUUCUGGAUCCUCGUAUCCGGCCUACGACUGCGGAGCCCCUGGUUCGUCCUCGAACCCUGUUCUCCUGGACUCGCCACCCGCGAAGGCUCCCGUAAACAAACGCCGGAGAAAGGCCAAGGACAUCGAUGAACCUGUACAAGAGAAGCGUCUAGCCAUGAUGAAACGCAGGUGUCCGCAAAACAUCAUGGACAGGUUGGAAAGGGUCCAAACACAAAGAUUCUUCAUGGUUGACAGAAAUCGCAACGGAGAUGAAUUGCGGGAGGAGUUUCAGGUCCUUGGCUCAACCGGAAAUGUAUACACCGUAGUCAUAGAUAAGAUUCCUCAGUGCAGCUGUCCUGACUCGCUGAAGGGAAAUCAUUGCAAACACAUUCUCUUCAUUUUUGCCAAAGUCCUCCAGGUCCCUUACACCUCACACGCAUGGUACCAGAAAGCCCUCCUGACAAGCGAACUCCAAGAGGUGUUCGCGAACGCGCCACUCGCGCCGAACGACAUGGCAAACUCGCGUGUCCGCGAAGCAUAUGCCCGUGCCACGGGCAAAUCCGCCACGUCGAGCAGCUCCAGUAGCGCGAAGCGCAAGAUGCCAACCGAGGAGGACGACUGUCCGGUCUGCUACGAAGGUAUGCACGGCACCGCUGAGGGAAAGCUAAGCUUCUGCGAGACCUGCGGAAACUGUCUCCACAAGGAAUGUUUCGAGCAGUGGGCGCGGAAUAAGGGUGCAGGUGUUACUUGUCCGAUGUGUCGGACCGUGUGGGUCGGGCCAGAGGUCGCUAGCGCUAGCCGCUCGCGGGUAGGAGCUGCUUCGGAAGGUUAUUUGAACCUUGCGUCAGUAGCCGGUCUAAGUCCGGAACGUGAUGCAAGCUCUUAUUACCAUGGACCGAGGCGUGGACAGAGACAUUACGGGUACCAGUACUACUAAGGGGCAAUGGCAGAGCUUGGUUCUAUCAUUACCUAGUGCGAUACCCUAACCGUAAUUGAUAUGUUCGACUUAGGCUAUAAUGACUCCGCUCGGUAGCGGUAAUCUGACAUACUUGUGCACCGAUUUACGGCGGUAU